CCGUUGUCUGCUAAUGUGUCAUUAAAGAAAGCAGCUAGGUUAGCUGCCAACUUCUUUACUUCCAGGAUUUGCUAUUCACGGUUUUAUUUGCACAGUCACUUAGCCAGCGAUGACAAUGGUCAGAGGGAAGCCAUUGAGAAAUGUUGGUAAGUAUUCACAGACACAUACAGCUUACAAGAAGAACCGUAAUGGGCCCACACCUUCUAGGACCAUUAUGACCCGCAGCCAGUGCUCCACUAGCUGCACCAGCUUCUUCAGCAGGAUCCCUGCAGAGGUGUUUGACAUGAUCCUAGACAAACUGUCUGUGCUGGAGAUCAGUGUGUUCAGCAUGGUAUCAAAGGAAAUUACUAGAUAUAUUGCAGACUACAUCUCCACUGUGGCCUGGAAGAAUAAAAUGAUCCUCCAAAGCUUUCACCACUCCAGCCGCAUUGAACAGAAAUCCACCACUGGACACUACAGAGACCUCGGUGUGUUGUUCAAGAGGUGUACCCUGUUGCUAUCCACAAAGGACAGGUUAAAGUUUAUCUUUAGCAAGAUUUCACAGAUUCCCUGCUUCCUGUUGGAGAAAUGUGUAGCACCAGACUGCUUUGCUUUCUCCAGCUUUGGAGUCUUCCUCCAGACUCUGAUUGCAGGGUGGGAUGAGCUGGAGUGCCAUAGAGUAUUCAACUUCCUCUGUGAUCUAACAAACCUGCAGCAAAAAACUGAAGGAGUCAUCACUGCAAAACCAGGUGUGAAGUGGUAUCAGGAGCUGCAGCUGCGGCUAUUUUGCCGUCAGGUUCUUUUGGACCCGUGGCCAAACCAGCCGGAGUGUCAUUUCUGGCUGAUGCAACUCCUGAAGCCUUGGCCGUUGGUCAGCCAGGCCCACUUACUGUUCAUCCUCUAUGGUCCUCUGCUGCCUGAGGGUACACUCGGCUGGCAGGAUCUGGUGGAGAGGGGGCUUCCUCACACCGCUCUGUGGCACUUAGCCAAGGCCAUCCUCUUGCUCUUUGGUAACCUACAAGUCAAAGGCUGGAGCACUGACUCGAUGAUCACAAUCAUGGAGGAGCUCAUUGUCAUUCCUCAUCCGUGGCAUGUGGAGAAUGUAGCUCGUCUUUUGGUGCUUUGUGGCAGCAAUCUCUGCUACACUGUUCUGGCCAGCAAGGCUCUCAAUGGACGACUCCUUGAGAUCUCAAGAAUCAUCGUCUACAUCAUACUGGUGUGUGAAAAGGACGGCUAUCACAUGAGUUGGGCGGUGAAGCUGGUGCAGGAGAUCUGCAAGGUCUUCACUACGCCCCCGGAAAAGUUCUACUUCAUCCAGCAACUGGAAAACACAUUUUCAGAAGUCACCCGGGAAUUCUUUGAGUUUUCUGUAGCAGUGUUAAUGGCUUCUAAUACAUCUGGAGGGACCCGCUUGUUACUCUACGGAACCACUUUGAUGACAGAGAGACUUUCCAGACCCUGUGUAUCCUUCUGGACUCCUGUGCUCACUUCCACACUAAAUUUCUUCACAUGUUCCUCAGAUAGGAAUCAUGCAUAUUAAAAGUGACAAGAUGCAGAGGAGCGAGGGAAGACAUGGGAAGAGAUAAAUGUCAAUAAUGAAAGGGCUUAAUGAAUGAACUGAAUGAUAGAGAGUGACAGGUUUUUGUAAAAUCAGUUCAGAUUUAGACAGACUUGAACAAAAGGAUGUUGCCAUGGCGCUUAGAAAGCUGGGGGUGGAUUUGAACCUUCACCUGUAGAUUGAACUCACAUCUGUUUGAAUAGCUGUUCAAAUCGUAUCACUAUUUAUACAAAUAUUUGUAUCAAAGUUUUAUAAUCUUGUUCUUAAGACAACUUUGAAGUUGACUUUUAUUAUACUAUUUAAUAUUUAUUCAUUACAGUCGGGUUAUUUAACUAUUAAGACUAUUUAUUUGACAGUUUAUUUAUUCGCACGACAUGUAAGUGUGGUACUGACUAAAUGGUUCGUUGUGCUUCUAAUUUAUUAAAGUGGAAUUUUUACUUUGA